AUGGAUCCUAACCUUCAACAUCCCAUCGAUCUGUUCGACACGCACACAAAAAUAUCGCAAGCCUCAUGCGACAAGUACGCAGAGAAAGUUCUAGGCCAACCAGUCCACCCGCUAGGUUGGCAAGGCUGUCACAGCUAUACAGUCGAGUCACAAGAUGAGCAUACUGUCAUACAAUUCAGAUCGGCAGAAUCCCCACUGGUUGAAAGCACUGUCAACCUUGCAAAGAAAGUACAUCCCAAUCUGGUGCCAACGAUGGAGUACUUGGGCUUCUUUGACGAUACUUCUGUCACUGUUUGGAAGAUGAGCAAGAUUCCCGGUUUCGGCUUCGCUUAUGUCCUGGACGAUGACGAUGUUGACAUCAAGACAAAACUGCCAGCGACGGUAACAGAUAUGGCGAAGUAG